AACCAUGCACACUGAUCAUAUCAGGUGAGCUAAUUAGGGACAGCUGCUCAGCGAGGAUAGCCCACUGCUGACACAUUUCACAUUAAACUCUGUGGCUUCAUUAAAACAAACUUAAAUUGAUUAUUUUACGACUUUUUAAUUUUGUGGAUAUUAUUUUAUUUAGAGAGGACAUGGUUUUCCCUGAACAGUGAAGGCGUGAACAAUUUGAGAGGUUGAGGUCACACUGAGCAGUUAACAGUUUUGUAUUAGCAGUAGUUCAGUCCAGGGCAGCGCGAGACUCGAGCCACACCGCUGAGCUGCUCGUGGGUGAUCUACAAACACCUCUACGGGUCAUUGGUCGAGAAGUGAAGACCGAGAAGGUAUUUGUGGCGAGUAUGGAUAAUAUGUUAGGCAGUCUACCAAAAAUGGACUUCAUCAGUAUUUGUGUCCGAGACCCGAGGCUUGUCAGGGACGACUUCUGGCACACACACAUUGACUAUGAGAUCUGUGUACAUACAAAUAGCAUGUGUUUUCGAAAGAAGACUUCCUGUGUGAGGCGGCGUUACAGUGAAUUUGUAUGGCUGCGGCAUUGUCUGGAGCAGAACGCCCUCAUCAUAAAAUUACCCAAGUUGCCACCCUGGAACCCGUUCAUCAGUCUGAGAAAAAAGGACCAGGUUACCCACAGGAUGCAGGGUCUGCAGGAGUUCUUAGAAAAUGUUCUUCAUACACCUCUGCUGUUAUCGGACAGUCGACUUCAUCUGUUCCUCCAGUCUGACCUGAACAUCCACAAGAUGGAUAGGUGUGCUCGAGGUAAGACCAGGUACACAGUGGCUGAAGCCAUCCAGCGUUCCAGCAGCGGCGGCUACGUCAGCAGGCAAGAGAAGACAUCCUCCUGUGACUAUGACGGUGAAAGCUGCUCUUCAUCGUCAGGAUUUGGACUGAGUGUAGACACGACACUAAGGGAAAGCCCCCUCCCUUUCUUGGAGUCCACUGACCCGGAGCUGUGCAGCUGUCUUUCACAAACCAAGACCCAUUUCAGUGCGUCGUGAAGCACAACAGUUUUACCUUGACCACCUCUCUACUGUUUGGACUCUGAUCAUUCAUGCAUCAACCUCUAAGUGAUACUCCUGGAGCUCUUGCUUUUCUUAAUUAACUUUCAAAGAGAAAAAUUCUGUUUUAGUAUUGGUAACUUUUUUAAUUAUUAUUUGCUUUCCUCUACUUUGGUUAUUAUAGCUGGAAAAAUACUUUUUUUUUUAAAUGUAUAGUAAAAGCAAAUUUAUAAUUCUUAAAUAUUUACUAAGUAUAUUUUUAUCUGCACUGGAGCUGUACUGAUUGUAAAGGGUGUUUUGAGAUGGUUUUAAGAAAAUAUUUGAGAAUACUUCUAUGUUUUUUCAAUGAUGAAUAAAUGGUCCUUUUUAAAGUAGAAAAA